AUUGUGCAGAGCGGCUUGGUUUGAAGUCGCCAUGAUCAACGCGCCAAAAGGCCCAAAGCCAACACUUGAUCCCGACCAUGCCGAGCGGCGGCGACCUCGACCUCAUGAGAAACAAGUUGGGUUUGCCGAGCUGGACCGCAUGGUGCUUGACACGACGGAGACGUGGAUGUAUCGCGCGCUCAGCAGACGGCGAUGGUGUCUCUCGACCGGCUUCACUAGUUGUGUUCCAAGGCUACCACGUUGACCGCUCGCGCUGUUCGAUCGCCAAGCACUCGCGCAACAAUGACAUGCGCGGUGAGCUGCUGGCUGCACCAUGGGCAAGCCCCCGACAAGCAAAGACUCCCACGACUCCCGAUCCAGUCGUCUCGACGCCUUCUGCAGCAACACUACGGCUUGCGUUAACGACCCUCGAUGCCAACAAAGAACGGGUCGUCGAUGCCAUCCGCAGUCUCAGUGAAGCGCUGUACGUCCACGGUCACGACGCGUUGUUCACGAAAAAGUACGCCGGGGUGUGUCGCAUACACGAACCAGUUAAUCCGCGGUCCAUGACUGCGGAGAGCAACCUCGUGACUGGCGCCCAAGCGAACCCUCACACCCUGACCCAACAAUGCACGGUGUCGGCCUUGCUCAACCUUGUGAGGGCGCCCCCUGUGGCUUCGAGGCAAAUCGUACUGCUGCAAACGCAAGGUUGCCGGCGACGUUUACGAUGUGGUCUCCUCUCGGCGCGGUUCCUCGUCCACGUCGAGCAAGAGGCUGAGCAUGCAUUUCACACGACGGACAGCGAGGACGUGUUUCUUUCUACUGGUAGAUUCCACGUCACAGCCACCACGCAGUGUCUGCUACUGAUCUUCAACAUGGUAAAAUCUUUGUCUGCUUUGGCCUUGGUCGCCGUCGCCACCACUGUCACUGGUGAAAUCUACUUCAACGAAGACUUCACGACCUCGGACAACUGGGUCCAAUCCACGUUCAAGCCCGCCGCGGAACGUUCGUCCUUCGUGCACACCGCCGGUGACGUGUUCUAUGACGACUCGGACAAGGGCUUCCAAACCAAGGAAGAUGCCCGUUUCUACGCCGCCACGGCCAAGUUGGCCAAGCCGUUCAACAACAAGGGCAAGGACUUGUACUUGUCGUACUUGGUCAAGUUUGAACAAGACAUUGACUGCGGUGGCGCGUACAUCAAGUUGGCGCCUUCCAACACCGACCAAGAAACGUUCAGCGGUGACACUCCCUACAGCAUCAUGUUUGGCCCUGAUGUGUGCGGUACCACUCGCAAGACGCACUUGAUCUUCAACUACAAGCGCCCGAACGAGUCGGAAAGCAAGAACUUGGACCACAAGACUGACAUCAAGGCCGAAAAGGACAAGGACGCCCACUUGUACACUUUGGAAUUGACCAAGGACAACAAGUACAACGUCAAGAUCGACGGCAAGGACACCAUGACUGGUACGUUGGCGGACAACUGGGCGUUCCAACCCGCCAAGAAAAUCAAGGACCCUAGCCAAUCCAAGCCCGAAGACUGGGUGGACGCUGCUAAGAUUGUCGACCCCAACGACAAGAAGCCCGCCGGCUGGGACGACAUCCCCAAGACGAUCCCCGACCCGGAAGCCAAGAAGCCCGAAGACUGGGAUGACGAAGACGAUGGAGACUGGGAGCCUGCUGUCAUUGACAACCCCGAGUACAAGGGUGAAUGGAAGGCCAAGUACAUUGACAACCCGGAGUACAAGGGCGAAUGGGUGCACCCUGAAAUUGACAACCCAGACUGGUUCGAAUCGGACAGCUUGCACAACGUAUGCCACGACUGCGGCGUCAUCGGCUUUGAACUGUGGCAAGUCAAGUCAGGCACGUUCUUUGACGACAUCUUGGUCACGGACGACAAGGCCACGGCGGACGCCCAUGAGGUGAAGGUUCUGGCGAAGAUUGAAAAGUUGAACGCGCACCGCAAGGAAGUGGAAGAGAACGAGCAAAAGAAGAAGGACGAAGAAGCCAAGAAGAAGGCGGAGGAAGAAAAGGCCAAGAAGGAGGAGGAAGAAAAGGCCAAGAAGGACGCCGAAGGCGACAAGGAAGACGCUGACGAAGAAGCCAAGGAAGACGCUGACGAAGAAGCCAAGGACGGCGAAGCCACCGAAAAGGAUGAACUAUAG